GUCUGAGGAGUACGCGAGUGCUGUGAAUUUUGUAAAUGAAGACCUCGACAGGAUAGUGGACUUGUCAAGCGGUAAUUGCCUCAUCUUGAAUCCGUCUUAAACUAAAUUCUUGCUAUUCGGAACAAUAAUAUGACGAUGUGAUAUGGACUUUCCGUGCACAUCACGAAGACGCAUCCACUUACUUAUUCGUUGGUCGAGUGGUCGCAAGUGCGACUGCCGAACAAGGGGUCUCGGGUUCGAUUCCCGGGUCGGGCAAAGUAUUACUGGGCGUUUUUCGGAUUUUCGAAAAUUUCUCGGUAGUAGCACGGAGUCUGGAAUUGUGUCCGGGAUAUGGCAAUAGGCUCACCCCCUAUUACAUGGGACUUAUAACACGAAAUGGUGAAAAGUGGGCGUACAUUGUAUAGCGGCAUUACGUGCCGUAAUGUGCAUGUGCACCUCUGCCUACCCCUUCGGGGAUAAAAGGCGUGACGUUGUGUGUGUGCAUCCACUUACUCUUUGCUAUCGACAGCAAAAGAAAGGAGGACGCGAUGCGAUGCCUCGAUGAUCCAAAGAGGUUUACAUACCUUCACUUCCCUGUUUUCGAAGGCUCUACAGAGGUUGCAAUCGACGGCAUCCUUAUACCGACGCAAAUCCCAGGGUAGUCUAGCAUCAAUAGCCUCGUCGCAUUUACUAUGCUUGUUUUCCUUUUACUUUUAACAUGAGGCCUCAAAAACAAAGCGGGGGCCACAUUCCCACCCCAUAUUUAAUAAAAAUUUUAAUGGAAUUAUGACCUCUGUAUAAUAAUCCUGUCAAAACUAUGUCACGAACAUGUCAAUUUUACUGUUUGUUAUACUCAAGUCAUAACCGAGUGAGCCCAGCAAUCGGCGUGGUGUCUCAUAUAUUUUUAGCUUUUAUAGCUGUAUAUUUUCAAAACACACGUUAUAAAUUCCACUUAAGCAAGAUGGGGGUGGUAAUAAGUUGUAUGUCUAAUAUUAUGUACUUAUCUGAAAAAAUUAUACUGUAUGCCACAUGUGUGGGAUUGGUUUGCUCCAUAAUACUCAUGUUUGUUGUAACAUUGGGUAUGGGUAUCGGUCUCGGAUACAACUAUUGCUUCGUCGAUAUGAAAACUAAAUAUAAAUAUAUACCGGGUCAUUACGUUUACCCCCACAAUCUUCGCUUUCCGUACUACUAUCGUAGAUCUGGGGAUCAAGCACAAGAUCCGGCUAGGGCCGCAGAAGAAGAACUAGAAAAUGACCAACUAAGGAAAGGACCAAUGCGCCCACCAGAGACGGGACGGAGAAACCCUAUUUUCGAUAGCCCAACAGAGAAGGGAAUUACUGAUUUCAGGAGAAAACUUGGUUUAGUUGAUAGAGAUUACUCCAUUUUCGCAAAUGGUAGUACAACGGAAGAAUAUGAUUUAGAAAACGAAGAGGAGGUUUCUAAUGGUACAGUCGCAGAGGUUGAUAUUGGAACACAGUUUGAUAAUAUUACUACUACUGCUGCUACUACUACUACUGAAGUUGCUGAAUCUACUGAGACUAUCACAACUACUGAAACUGUUGAGACUGAAGAGACUACUGAGACUCUUGAAACCACAGAUACAACUGAUGUUACUGACAGUAAAACCGACGAUAUGUACAGUAUAGACGAUCCCACACCAGAGCCUGCUUUCCCAGAUGAGAAAAGAAGAGUUAAAAAACUAGUGAUCCCUAUAAGCGGUUUGGACUUAGUAAGCCUCUUAUCGAAACUGAGUGCUGAAAAAAAUAACCAUUCUCUUCAGAUUGUAACAACUUGAAUUUAAGAUAUAUACAAGUAUUUUUAUAGUAUUUUAUAUAAGAGUUUUGUAGUCUACAUAUUUUUAAUUAUGUUUUUAACCGACUUCCCAAAAAGGAGGAAGUUCUCAAUUCAGCCGGUAUGUUUUUUUUCCCUAUGUAUGUACACCGAUUACGCCGAGGUUUAUGGACCGAUUUGCGUGAUUCUUUUUGUCUACGACGUGGAAUUUCUCAACUUAAGUCCCAUUUCAAAUUUGAUUCAGAUUGGUUCAGUAGUUUUAAUUUUAUACAAUAAGUACAUGUCGUCAUUUUUUACGAUAGUUUAUAGAUGAUCAACAUCGAUUACUUAAACAGUUUUGGUUCGAUUUGCGUGAUUCUUUUUUUGUUUGGUAGUAUACGACGCGGAUUGGCUCAUUUUAAGUUUCAUAAGAUUUUGUUUCAGAUUGCUUCAGUAGUUUUUAUUUUAUUAGCAUUAUAAGUACUUGAACGACGUGAUUUUCACGAUAGUUCGUAGAUUUGAACAUCGAUUACUUAAACAGUUCUGGUCCGAUUUGCGUGAUUCUUGUUUUGUUCAGUAGAGUAUACUUUUACGUUGAUACUGUGGACACCAGAUGAGCAUCUGAUAAUGAGAUGCCAGGGAAAUCGAGGGUACCUCUCAAAUUAUAAGUUCUCUAUGUUUGUUGUCACAAUUUCAUAAAACUAUUCAACUAUUUACAUAUGUCUGAUGAUCAUCAUUUCAUGUCAAAAAGCUGAUGAUGGAAGGCAUAAUUCCUUAAUGGUUAGGAGUUCAAAGAAAUUUCUUUCAAAAAUAUUUAAUGAGACUUUACCUUCUAUAAGCAGGUUACCUAAUAGCUUUAAAGAAUAUUAUUCUGGAUCAAGAAUAGUAUUUUUUAAGGCUAUUAGGUAACCUGCUUAUAGAAGGUAAAGUCUCAUUAAGUUUAAAUUGAGGUUUAAAUAUAUAGAUGUACUAGCUAAUUUUAUUCCUUUCGAGUUAGACCUUCAGUAUUUACAUAUAGUCUAGAAGUCGGUGCCACAACCUCAUAACAAAAUAUAACUUAACGAAGUAUCGUUAAGUUAAUAUUAAUAUUAUAAUAAUAAAUUAAUAUGUAUUUGCUUAGGUUUUAAUAUCAUUUUGUUUAAUUCUUGUGGCACCGACUUCUAAACUAGCAGUGGCUAGACACAGGCAGUACAAUGAUAGUUAUUUUUUGGAUUUUAGUUUAAGGUUUUUAGUUUAGGGUUAUUAGUUUUGGGAAGUCGGUUUUUUAAUUUUGAUAAGUAUUCUGAUUUCAUUGUAUGAGUAUUUUUAACCAAUUUUAUUUUAAUCUUUGAGCUUAUGAGAAUAUACUUUCUAUUCUAUUUGUUUA